AUGGUUCUUCAGUAUGAUGAAAAUGUUCGCAACCUGCUGUAUCGGAGAUCUUGCCAAUACACGCAGAGCGGACUUGUGGAUGCCUCUGUCCUCGAAGCUGACCUCGUCGAGAGGGUGAAGAGCUUCGCGAAGCGUUAUCCGAACAGCAGGACAGCUCAGGCUUGCAAGGCUGUGGAGGGAUGCACCCCCGACGCUAUCGCAGAAGCCAUCCGCUCGACAUGUCAGCAGGCACGACGUGAGCUUCUACAAGAAGCGAUGACUGGAUGGAGUGACGCAUCCAGAGAGUGGUUUAUGCAGCAGAUUGAAGAAGCCAAGAAGGAGAAGGUCGAGACAUACACCGCCUCAGCAGGCAACGAGGUGACUUCCUUCAUCUCCAUGACUCUCCUGGGCAUCUCCUCGGUGUAUGUCAACCAUGAAGAAAAGCUGAAGAAGAAAUUCGAAGAGAUCGGACUGGUCGUAGACUCAGUGCAAGAGAGUAAAGCAAUCAUGUGGAAGGCUCCGUAUAGACCCGAGAUAGCGAGUGCUGAGGAGAUCCCGGUGACUGUUUCCUUCCUCCGCAAUGCACAAGCGGAGAAGCUCUGGCAGGGAAGAGAGGACUUCGCGAUCGAUGGUCGCAAGUUCACAGCUGUACAUGUGAGCAUCGUGCACGAUCGAUCUUUCAAGAUUCGAGCCAAGAGAGGACCCUGGGGCAAAGGGGGCAGCUUGGCAGAGCUGACUCACCUGCUAACCUUGGGCGGCAUGACAACGGCUGAGAUAGCUGCCGUCUAUCGCUAUCAGCUGCUGCGCCAGUCCCUUGCAGCGGUCCAACUCCAGCCGCUGGCAGGCAUGCUGGUCGCUGGGGCGCCAGGCCAGCAAGUCCACAAAGGCUUAGGUCAGAAAGGCUUCAUCGCUGUAGGGGCCAACGUCAUCUGGAGACAGAGGGAGGUGGAGUGGAUCGUCUCCUCGAGCUGCCCAGAGGCGAAUGAUACAGCAUUUCGAGCUUUCCGAGAGAGCGAAGCGAUGGAGGGAGUACACCUGACUCUGUUCAGCGAGGACCCGAAGAUCAGAGAGGCGCUCGCAGUCGAGUUGACAGCUGAUCGCUUUGUGUCCAGAAAUAAGUUGAAGAAGGCAUCAAGACUGCAGAAGAAGGCAGGCGGCAAGGACGGCAAGGAGAUCAAGAUCAUCAUCAAGUCGACGGCGGCAUCUGGUCGCUUCACGAGGAAGGAGAUGGAGGGGCUGUGCAACGGCGGCAACACGUCUAUCGCAAGAGUCAAGAGAGUCUUGUUGGAGAUCGCUAACAGGCUCGAGAUCAAAGUUGAAGGCAUCGACAUGGAGGAGGAUUUGAACACCAAGUCCUGGAACGGGUCCAAGCUAUGCAUCCUCCUCGGCUCCACGGAGGAUGCUCGAUGCAUGAUGAAGGAGCUGCCCUUCUAUCUCGAAGGCGCAGCAACCAAGCUCGAAGCAGUCGGCUUCGACAAGGAGCCUGAGGCGGCUGACCUGGAGAGGAUCACAAUGGAGGCAGCAUCUCCGUCAAGCCAAGAGGACAUGCAGCUCGUCAGCGAGCUGUCAGCAGUCAUCGAAGAUGCAGCUUCUUUGAACGAGGCAGGGACGAGCGAGCCGAUCAAGCUGGUCCUGGACAAGGCCGUUGGCAACCUCCACGACACGUUCUACUCUCCGGGGAGCCUGGAGUUCAUGUCGCUGGGAGAGUGGGCGAAGAUGCCAGAGGAGCAGGGAGUGGGACGCAACGUUCUCAAGGAGAAGCUGGGGAAGUGGCUGCAGAGCAAGCGCUGGACUCGCGUGCAAGGAGACAGCAAGAAGGCAAGGAGGGGCAGCGCGUUCUCGCCACGGGCAACGGCAGCUGCUGAGCUUGAGCAGGAGGCGGAGAGCGACGACAUAGAGCGUCGAUCUCUUAGCUUCCUGUUCAUAGCACUGAGUAAAUUCGCAGAGAUGCAUGUGCUGGCCUGCUCGCUGAAGGUGGACAAGAAGGACCGACUGCGAGUGGAGAUGAGGGAAGAUGACGAAGAAGAGGAAGACAUGGAGGAAGAGCAAGGCGAGGGCGAGGAAGAAGACGGGGCGAGCCCGUACCGAGCUUGA